AUGAGACGGACGGCUUCAAAUCGUUCGUUAGCCUCUGUGACUUUGUCCAAUGCCUCGACAUCAUCCGUUCUCAAGUCAGAAAUGGUCACGAAUCCCUACCCAUUGAAGGAUCGCUUACCGUUUGUGGUCAUAUCCGAUCAUCCAAUGGCUGCUUGGUUGGAAGGAUUGAAGGGUGUCUAUAAGGAGAAGGACGAGCGAAUAAAGAAGCUCCCGAUGCUACUCAAGGAUGCUGUACAAAAUCACGUCAAGGUCCGCUCUCUGAAGACGUUUCAAGAACAGUUUGCACGGUUUAAGUCACGGAUUAGCGUUGCCAGAGCUGUAACGAAAGCUCCACAGAAGCGAUUACCAGCAAAAGUGGAUGAGGAUGACAAACAUGUGCGACAACUGCGACGACCAUUCAUCAAAUGGCAAGAUAAUCAAAAGCGAUAUGCGCCGUCCUACAAGGAAUGCCCGACGUCACGAUGGACAACUGUGUAUUUCGGACCUGAUGCUGGAAACUGUGUGUUUCGACGAGUAACAGCUGAACAGUUGGAGAAGAGGUGUCCAAAUCUUCCAAUGCUUUCAUCACAAAAUGAGGCCGCCAUCUCUCCCGAGAACUCCGAUCCACCUAGUUCUUCUGGAAGGGAAAGGGAGGAAAAAAGGAGCGGAAAGUCUGGGAAAGAUACUUUCAAGCAAAACAAAACCGUAAGGACGCCUACAAACAAAUUCUGCGAUCUUUGCGGGAAAGCUUUUGAGGAUAUGGAGCAGGUAACCUUCUAUUAUUACUAUUUUCGUUAUAUGCUCAUUAUUGUCUCCUUCUCCUAA